AUGUCUUUCUCCAACAACACCGUCUACGUCGUCACCGGCGGCAACAGAGGCAUUGGCCUUGGCUUCGUCAAAGCCCUCCUUGCCCGUCCCAAUACCACCGUCGUUGCGACUGUUCGUAAUGACAAGUCCCAGUCGUCCCUCGAGUCUGACCUUGCAGACGCUGUUAAGGGUGAUGGUAGCACUGUCUCCAUCGUACAGUUGGACUUUUCCACUGCCCUCUCUCCCGAUACCAUCCGCGCUGCCUUUGACGUUGACCACAUCGACGUCUUGAUCAACAAUGCUGCUGUCAGCUUCCCAAGUCUCCCAGCUCUCGAAAUACUUGUCGCCGACCUCCGAUCAGCCUUCGAGGUUAACACUAUCGGUCCCCUGACUGUCGUCCAGGGCCUAUGGCCACUACUUCAAAAGGCCACUGCACCAAAGGUGGUCAACGUAUCAUCCUCUGUUGGGUGUAUCACCUACCACGAGGUUGUCUCUGGCGCUUAUGGACCUAGCAAGGCGGCGUUGAACUGGCUCACCAAAGCCUUACAUGAACAGAAUAAAGGAUUGGUCGCUUUUGCGCUUCAUCCUGGGUUUGUAAAGACCGAUAUGGGUGAUACGGCGGCGGGAGAGUGGGGGUUUCCUUUGGAGAUGCUUGAGAGUGUUGAGAGUUCUGUUGACGGGAUGUUGGAGGUGAUUGACGGGGCUACGAGGGAGGCGACGGGUGGCAAGUUCGUCAGGAGCAAGAACCGGGAGCUUCCUUGGUAA